AAUUCCCACAGAUUCCAAUCGAGAUAAUGUCUUCAACUUACCAUCGUUUCAAGUGAUCGUUUGAGAAGACCUUUUGUUAGAAGCUUGCAUUCUGUGGUACGAGAAACUCUUGAAGGUUAUAGUUUGUAUCACAUUGGGACAUGGCUUCAACAAGAACUGAUCCUGUUGUUCAAGAGGAGGGCAACUUGAGAGAAAGGAAGGGUCCUCUUUCUCGUUUCCAAAAUUCCAAGAACUUGACGAGUAACCACGUUGAAGUUCAAUUAGGAGGUGCUACUGUUCCGGAGUUGGACCCUGAAAAUGAUGAGGGCUAUGUAGAAUACAAGUGGAGUUUGCACAACCCUUCACCUCAAAGGUUUGCUCAGUUGGUGACUCAGUUAAAAUUCCGUUUGUUAGAAGGUCAAGGAGAGGCUUUUUAUGAAAUAGGUGUGACAGAUAGUGGUGUUUUGAAGGGUCUACCUGAAGACAAACUUGCUGCUUCACUGUUGACCUUGAAGAAGAUGGCACAAGAGUUGAAUGCCGAGGUUCACGUUGUACGAGAGGAAAAGGGAUUGGAAGGAAGUGUAAUGGAAGCUCUUGUAAGACAUUUACCUCGUACUAGCGAGGAAUAUCUAGACCUUCGAAUUGCUGUAGCAGGAAACGUAGACUCUGGAAAAAGUACUUUGAUAGGUGUCCUUACUGGCAACGGAAGUUUGGAUAACGGUAGAGGUCUUGCACGAGCUCAGAUAUUUACACACAAACAUGAACUAGAAACUGGGAGAACGAGUUGUGUUAGUCAACAAAUUAUGGGCUUUAACGCAGUGGGAGAAAUAGUCAACUAUUCGCAUGUGAGAAACCUAAGCUGGAGUGAUGUUCUUGAGAAAAGCGCAAAAGUUUUGACUUUUUUCGAUCUUGCUGGUCAUGAGAGAUAUUUGAAGACCACUGUUUUUGGCUUGACUGCACACGUUCCUGACUAUUGCAUGAUAGUUAUCGGAGCCAAUAUGGGAGUAUUAAGAAUGACAAAGGAACAUUUGGCUGUCGCAUUGGCGUUAAAAGUACCAGUGUUUGUCGUUGUUACAAAAAUAGAUAUAUCGCCUGCACAUAUUCUUGAUAAUACUCGUGCACAUAUAUGUAAGCUUCUAAAGUCGCCAGGUGCCAGGAAAUUGCCAGUACUUGUAAAGAGCAUCUCUGAUGUAUCUAUGGCAUCUCAGAAUAUUGUAAAUGAUCGUAUCGUGCCUAUUUUUGAGAUAUCAAGUGUAACUGGUGAUGGUCUUGGUUUGCUAUCAAAGUUUCUCAACCUUAUUCCUACAAGACGUAAUUGGUCUUCAGCUGUGAUGGAACCAGCGGAAUUUCAAAUAGAUGAAACAUUUAUGGUUACAGGUGUUGGAACUGUAGUUGCUGGUACUACUAUCAGCGGAAGUGUUGCGAUUGGACAGUAUCUUCAUUUGGGUCCUGACAGUAGUGGAAACUUUGCGAAGGUUCAAGUGAAAUCAAUUCAUUACAAGCGCACACCAGUGAAGAAAAUUGUUGCAGGACAAACAGGUUCUCUGGCGUUAAGGAAAGUUAAAAGGUCAUCUAUUCGAAAAGGAAUGGUGUUGUUAGAUAGUGGAGUUCGUCCUGGCGCAGUCUGGGAGUUUUAUGCUGAAGUGAUGAUUUUGUAUCAUUCUUCUACAAUUCGAGUCAACUAUCAAGCAGUUAUUCACUGUGCUGCUAUCCGUCAAGCAGCAAAAGUUCUUUCAAUUGAAUCGGAAGUUGCGCGAACAGGGGAUCGUACCAAAAUACUCUUCCGUUUCCUGUAUCAUCCUGAAUAUUUAAAGGGUGAUGCACGCUUUAUAUUCCGAGAAGGUCGUACCAAGGGAAUUGGUAAAGUCAUUGCUUUGGGUGAAGCUGUGCAGACAAGAACAAGCCAUCACGUAUCCUAAACGAACGCUAUAUUAUUGUUAUUUUGCAACAUAAUUUUGGAUCUGUUAUCCCUUCUUAUUGAUAGUUGCAUUGAUUGGAUAUUUUUGUAUAUAAUAAAGACAUUUCAUUACAA